AAUCGUUCACCGAGCAUCAAUUGAAAGUCAUAUUCUUCUAUAUUUUUAUAUAUUGUCAAACGAUGGCCCGCCUCUACGAUUCCCGCACUACGAUCUUUUCACCAGAGGGCCGUCUAUACCAGGUGGAAUAUGCCAUGGAGGCAGUUACGCACUCGAGCACCUGUCUGGGUAUCCUGGCCAAGGACGGUGUCCUUUUGGCCGCCGAGCGGAGCACCAAUAGGCUUCUAGACACCAGCAUUCCGGCACCGAAGAUCUGCAGGCUGAGUGAGGCCACAGCAUGUUGCGCCACGGGCAACACGGCGGAUGGAAAUGUGCUCACCACCGAACUGCGAUUGAUUGCCCAGCGAUAUUUUUUUACCUUUGGCGAGGCUAUUCCCUGCGAACAGCUCGUCUCGCAGCUGUGCGAUACCAAACAGGCGUAUACGCAAUAUGGGGGCAAGCGGCCCUUUGGCGUGUCCUUUCUCUACAUGGGCUGGGACUCGCGCUUCGGAUUCCAGCUAUACCAAUCCGAUCCCAGUGGAAACUACAGUAACUGGAAGGCCACCUGCAUUGGCCGCAAGUACGGGGCGGCAAUGGCGAUGCUCCAGCAGGAACUGUUCAACAAAGAGUACGUAGAGCCGAAGCUGGAAGACGCCAAGGAUGUGGCCAUCAAGGUUUUGGGCAUGACCUUGGACACCGGAAAGCUGACCCCCUCCAAAGUGGAAAUGGCCACACUUCAGCGUCUUCCCAAUGCCACCUUCUACAAAGUUCUGGAGGCAGUUGAGAUCCGCAAACUAAUCGACAAGCACAACAUAUUGCAAACGCAGGCCGUUAGACGUAUGUUAUCUAAUCCCUAAUUACUUGCUUUUGUAAAUGUUAUUUAUUGUUUCGAUUUCUUGAAAACUUAAUUUGCGUUCUGAACAUCAAUAAACCAGUAAUUACCAUGGGUUAAUAUUA